CUUCCCGUAAGCGGCUCGAGCUUCUAGGAGAAAGGAGCUUGUCGGCUGGAGUCGGUUCUGAUAUGAACAAAUCUGAUUUCUCUGUCCAGUUACUUGAAACUGAAACAGAGUGGAAGGAAAGGUGAAAAAGUCGGAAGUGCCCUUGGUUCAGCCCAGUUGCCAUGGACACUGAUAGUAACAAUUUUGAUGAACUCCUGGCCUUGGAGACCAUGGCUACUUUAGCCAAGCUGCUGGCACGGGCUCCCUUUCUAGAAAGUCAGUACUACUUUAGAAACCGAGCCGUUGACUCAAUUAGGAAAUUUGAGAAUGAUGCGGCUGUGACGAUCCAGAGCUGGUUCCGAGGGUGCCAAGUCCGGGCAUAUAUCAGGCACUUGAACAGAGUAGUGACAAUUAUUCAAAAGUGGUGGAGAAGUUACUUGGGUAGAAAAUAUUACCAACUUAUUGUUGAGGCAGCAUAUUAUACUAUGAAGAUGAAUCUCUACAAUGAAAUGGCUGUCAGGAUUCAGAGACGAUGGCGUGGCUUUAGGAUCCGGAAAUAUUGCUUUAAUUAUUAUUAUCUGAAAGAAUAUUUGAGAGCUGUUUCAGAGACCAAUGACGCAAUUAGGGAGGCUUUGGAGGAGUUCGCAGAAAUGAAAGAGAGAGAAGAAAGAAAGGCUCUCCUGGAAUGGGAAGAGAAGCAAAAAGAUCACCAAGCCCGCAAGAUGCAUUACCUGCUCAGCACGAAGCAGAUUUCAGGUAUAUACAACUCACCUUUCCAAGAGCAUCCUGACCCAUGGGAGCUCCGGUUGCAGAAAGCAAAGCCUUUGGGUCACCAGAAGGGCACUGCAGCAAAGAACUCCCGGAGCCUCAGCGGCUGGCUGGCAUGUACCAGUGCCCGCUCCUUCCCCCAGUCGGCAAGUCUGCCGCCUAUCGACAGGAAGCGGUGUCAGGGACCCUUCCGAGACAUCAGUGAAGUCUUGGAACAGCGUUACAAGCCUUUGGAGCCUACCCUGAGGGUGGCAGAACCCAUCAACCAUCUUCAUCUGGCCAGAGAGGCAUUUAAGCAAGGGGAACGGAUGCGCAACGUGCAAGACAAGAUGUUUUUGCCAUUUUCUUCUUACCACAAAAAGGAGAAGUACAUCCCAAUGAUACACUCGUUGAGCACGUACAAUUCUAGCUCUUAUGGACAGAAGCACUUUCGCAGUCAAGACCCUAAGAAAUGGAUCUCUGACAAGGAUUUUCAGACUGUUCUGCCGUCAUUUGAACUCUUCUCAAAGUAUGGAAAGUUAUAUUCAAAAGCUGGAGAAAUUGUAUAAAG